CCAGUUCUCCAUUCUCUCACCUUCUUGCUCUGUAGCAGAGCACUCAGAGUCUCAAACUCUCUCUCUCUCUCUUCUUCUGCAAAUAAAUUCAUCCCUGAGCAACGGUCUGUUUCUUCAUUCCUUUGCUUUUGCCACAAUGCUUCCCCUGUUCUUUCUACUGUGUUUUCUCUUCCCGCCUCCCUCUGUCGUCUCUCUCAACCAGGAUGGUCUCUACCUCUACAAAUUCAAGCUCUCCAUGAAUGAUCCUGACUCUUCCCUCUCCUCCUGGAAUGACGGCGACGCCCACCCCUGUUCAUGGUCCGGCGUCACCUGCGACCCCACCAACACCUCCGUCACCGGGCUUGACCUCUCCAGCUCCAAUAUCGCGGGCCCACUCCCUGCUUCCAUUCUCUGCAACCUCACCAACCUCACCACCCUCAUCCUCUACAAUAACUCCAUCAACGACGCCCUCCCCUCGGAAAUCUCUCUCUGUCGCAGUCUUGUUCGUGUUGACCUCGCCCAGAACCUUCUCACCGGUGCUCUGCCCCCCAUCUUAUCGGAUCUUCCUAACCUCCGGUAUCUAGACUUGACCGGCAACAACUUCUCCGGCCUCAUACCCGAUUCCUUUGCCAACUUUCAGAAGCUCGAGGUACUCUCACUCGUCUACAAUCUUCUAGAAGGAACCAUUCCCGCUUCUCUCGGAAACAUUUCCUCCCUCAAGAUGCUCAACCUCUCUUACAACCCGUUUUCUCCGGGUCGGAUCCCUCCAGAGCUCGGCAACCUGACGAAUCUCGAGGUCAUGUGGCUCACACAGUGUAACUUGGUUGGCGUGAUUCCUGAAUCGUUCGGCAGGCUGAAGAAACUCAGGGAUUUAGACCUGGCGUUGAACAAUCUCGAUGGUUCGAUUCCCAGUUCUCUCAUUGAGAUGACGAGUUUGAAGCAGAUUGAGUUGUAUAACAACUCUUUGUCCGGUGAGUUGCCUCGGGGAAUUGGAAACCUCACGGCAUUGAGGCUAGUGGACGUAGCCAUGAACCGGUUGAGUGGGACGAUUCCAGACGAGUUGUGUCGGCUACCACUGGAGAGCCUUAACCUUUACCAGAAUCAGUUUGAGGGUGAGUUGCCGGAGAGCAUAGCUGACUCACCGAAUCUUUAUGAACUCAGAUUGUUUGCUAACAAACUGACCGGAAAACUGCCUGGUAAUCUCGGAAAGAAUGCUCCUUUGAGGUGGGUUGACGUUUCGAACAAUCAAUUUUGGGGCGAAAUUCCGGCGACUCUGUGUGACAACGGGAAAUUGGAAGAGCUUCUGAUGAUAUACAAUUCGUUUUCUGGUAACAUCCCGCCGAGUUUGGGCAGGUGUCGGAGUUUGAUGCGUGUCCGGCUCGGUUUCAAUCGGCUGUCCGGUGAAGUCCCGGCGGCUAUUUGGGGGCUUCCACAUGUGUAUCUGCUUGAACUCACUCAUAACUCAUUUUCUGGUUCAAUCGCUAAAUCUAUUGCUGGUGCCGGGAAUCUCUCGUUGUUGUCUCUAUCUAAGAACAAUUUCACCGGACAGAUCCCUGAAGAGGUUGGAUGGUUAGAGAACCUUGAGGAAUUCUCUGGUGAUGAUAACAUGUUCAAUGGAUCAUUGCCUGCUAGUAUAGUGAAUCUUGGGCAGCUUGGGACUCUUGAUCUUCAUAACAAUAAACUUUCAGGUGAGCUUCCCAAGGGAAUUCGAUCCUGGAAGAAACUCAAUGAGCUUAAUCUGGCAAAUAAUGAGAUCGGUGGAAGUAUUCCUGACGAAAUUGGGAGUUUGUCCGUGCUAAAUUUUCUUGAUCUUUCCAAUAAUCAAUUUUCCGGGAAAGUUCCUCUUGAAUUGGAGAAUUUGAAGCUCAAUAGGUUAAAUAUGUCUUACAAUCAUCUCUCUGGAGAACUUCCUCCUCUGUUGGCGAAGGAUAUGUACAUGACAAGUUUUCUGGGUAAUCCUGGUCUGUGUGGCGAUUGGAACAGUUUAUGUAAUGGCAGAGAUGAAGCUAAGGCAAGAGGGUAUUCUUGGUUGCUUCGAAUUAUUUUCAUCAUUGCUACUGUUGUCUUUGUUGUAGGCGUUGUCUGGUUUUAUUUCAAGUAUAAGAACUUUAGAAAGGCCAAAAGAGCCAUUGACAAAUCAAAAUGGACAUUGAUGUCAUUCCAUAAACUGGGUUUCAGUGAAGAUGAAAUUCUGAGUUGCCUUGAUGAUGACAGUGUGAUAGGUAGCGGAUCAUCUGGGAAAGUUUACAAGGUUGUUCUUAGCAAUGGGGAGGCCGUUGCUGUAAAGAAGCUGUGGGUAGGCAUAAAAAAAGACAUGGAGAGUGAGGAUAUUGAAAAAGGUGGUGUUCAAGACAAUGUUUUUGAUGCUGAAGUUGAAACCUUGGGUAAAAUUAGGCACAAAAACAUAGUGAAGCUUUGGUGUUGCUGCACCACAAGGGACUGCAAGCUCCUAGUUUACGAGUACAUGCCAAAUGGCAGUCUCGGCGAUUCACUUCAUGGAAGUAAAGGUGGGUUGUUGGACUGGCCAACAAGGUAUAAGAUAGCCCUUGAUGCUGCUGAAGGUCUCUCUUAUCUGCAUCAUGACUGUGUUCCUCCAAUUGUUCAUAGAGAUGUUAAAUCCAACAAUAUCUUGUUGGAUGGUGACUUUGGUGCGAGAGUGGCUGAUUUUGGUGUAGCCAAGGUUGUUGAAACCAAUGGGAAAGGAACCAAAUCCAUGUCUUUCAUUGCCGGCUCUUGUGGAUACAUUGCGCCAGAAUAUGCAUACACACUGAGGGUGAAUGAGAAGAGCGACAUAUACAGCUUUGGUGUGGUGGUACUUGAGUUGGUGACCGGAAGGCGACCGGUUGAGCCAGAGUUUGGGGAAAAGGAUUUGGUGAAGUGGGUUUACACCACCUUGGACCAGAAAGGAGUGGACCAUGUGAUCGACUCGAGGCUGGAUUCUUGUUACAAAGAUGACAUAUGCAAGGUUCUUGACAUUGGCCUCAUGUGCACUAGUUCUCUUCCCAUCAACCGCCCUGCCAUGAGAAGAGUGGUCAAGAUGCUGCAAGAGAUGGGCUCAGAGAACCAAACCAAGUCUAUCAGGAAGGAUGGCAAGUUGUCCCCUUAUUACUGUGACGAUGCCUCAGAUCAUGGGAGUGUAGCCUAAUUCUAGUUCUUCUAAUUGACUAGAGUUAGAUAGCUUUGUUCCAGAAAAAAGGGAGUUUUAAGCCCUUUUUAACUCCACAGAAUUUGGAAGAAAGAGACCUAGAUGGUCUUCUUAACAUAAUGAAAUGGACGUUUAAUUCUGUCAAGAAGUCUCCGCUUUCCACUGUUUAAAGAUGUGUUAUUUCGCAGGAUUGGAUUAGGUCUAAGGAUUGUAAAAAAUCAGUGGCUUCGAAUGGGCUACUCACCACAGUAAAUGUCAGUUGAAUCCCCAGGAUUGGUACUAAUGUCAGUUCUACAAUUCUAUAUCUAAUAACAUCUUAGAAGUUUGAUGAAUCUA